GGAAGAAGAAAGGGGCAUCUUUGAAAUUUUGAAAACUGUAGAGCCCAUGAUUUUCACCCAAGAAAAUCAGUGGGCCUAUGAAUCUGCCUCUGAAUGUCAUAUCUGUGAGAAGCCAUUGAAUGGAGAUAAGGUGCGGGACCAUUGCCAUCUUACGGGAGUCUACAGAGGAGCAGCUCAUAAUGGAUGCAACAUCAAUUUCAAAUUUGCAAAUUUUCUACCAGUGGUCUUUCAUAAUCUGAAGGGAUAUGAUUCUCACCUCCUGAUGCAAGCGGUGGGAAAAUUCAAAGACGAAUAGAUUAAGUGUAUUCCGCAGAAUUCAGAAAAAUUCAUCUCUGUUUCUUUGGGUCGUCUACGCUUCAUAGAUUCUCUGCAAUUUCUGAAUGUUUCUUUAGACAAGCUCACGGCUAAUUUGGAAACCCAACAAUUUCAACUGACAAGAACAUGUUUCCAAGAAAAAACAGAUCUGAUGCUUCGAAAAGGUAAUCAGAAUUUCUUAUAACUUUUUAUAUAAGGUAGUGUAUUAUUACUUUUUUAUAUAGGUUAUUUAUCUUAUUUUUUUUCCAGGUGUCUACCCUUAUGAGUACCUAGAUUCGUUUGAACGAUUUGAUGAGCCGCACCUUCCACCUCUCACUGCCUUCUACAGCCAUUUAACAGAGAGUGAUAUCAACGAUGAGGAUUACCAGCAUGCGAACAGAGUCUGGGAAGAAUUCGGAUUACGUCAUCUAGGAGACUACCACGACCUCUAUGUAAAAAGUGAUGUUUUGCUUCUGGCGGAUAUUUUUCAAAACUUCAGACGACUAUGUCUUGAUUUUUACAAACUGGAUUCGGCACACGUUUACACAGCACCUGGUCUGGCCUGGCAAGCACCUGGCCUACACAGGUUUGGCCUGGGAAGCUUCCCUACGCAUGUUCGAUGUCCAACUGGAGUUACUCACCGAUCCUGAUAUGUAUCUCUUUAUAGAAAAGGGCAUUCGAGGUGGCAUCGCUAUGAUUUCACAUCGCUUCAGCCAAGCCAAUAAUAAAUAUAUGGAAAAUUAUGACCCAACGAAGCCAUCAUCUUAUAUUAUGUAUUUGGAUGCCAAUAACCUUUACGGAUGGGCCAUGAGCCAAGCUUUACCAACCCAUGACUUCCGGUGGCAUGACGAUGCGGAAGAAGGAUGUAUCCUUGAAGUUGAUCUGGAGUAUCCAAGGGAACUUCACGAUGAUCAUUCGGACUAUCCUCUUGCUCCCGAACAAGUCGUCGUGACUCCUGAUAUGUGGUCACCUUACACGCGAGACCUGGCAGCUAAAUUCCAAAUCCCACCGAGCAGUUCUAUACCAAACUGGUGCCAAAUCUGCGACCUAAGCAUCGGUACGUGA